CUCGGAGCCUGCGCUCCUCCGUCGCGGGGACGCGCCUGCACUUACACGCACACACCCGCCGCGCGGCCAGGCCACCGGCCAGCCUCUCUGCCUCUCUCCCCCCCUUCUCUUUCCUUUUCCUCCGUUUUCCGUUCACACCCGGUUUACCGUUAAACUUUUCCCUCCUGAACCAGCGCGCGAGGAGCGGCCGCCGGGGCGGACAAAUAACCGGAUUACCGAGUUUCAACGAGGAGCUAGCGGCCGGACCUGCCGUGAUUCUCCGCCCUGCCGGCCAGCCCGCAGCGGGCCUCAACUUUCCUUCAGCUCCUUUCUCUUUUUUUUCUCUUUCCGCCUCCCGUUAAACCUAACGGACGGUGACGUCAGGCCCCCAAAAAGUUGUGAAUCGGCCUCUGCCGCCGCCGUUACACCGGAGGAGACGACGUUAGCCCGGACCAGGACCAGGACCACGGCUGCUCCACCGGCGGACCGGCCCUGCUCCCCGCCCGCCGGCUUUAUUUGUUUAUUUGUUUAUUUGUUGUUGUUUUGUGAUCGGGGAGAUGGGGACGGUGUGAGCGGAUCAGCGCGUGGCUUCCCCGAGACGCACGGUUUCCUCCGGUCCGGUAGAGGUGGGGUGGGCGGAGCUGAAUGAUGGCGGGUGCAUCAGUGAAGGUGGCGGUACGAGUCCGUCCGUUCAACUCCCGAGAGACGGGACGCAACGCCAAGUGUGUGAUCCAGAUGCAGGGAAACACCACCUGUAUCUCUAACCCCAAACAGCCCAAAGAUGGAGCCAAGAACUUCACCUUCGACUACUCCUACUGGUCACACACAACGGCGGACGACCCCGGCUUUGUGUCUCAGAGACAGGUGUAUAAGGACAUCGGGGAGGAGAUGCUGCUUCACGCCUUCGAAGGAUACAACGUGUGUAUUUUUGCGUACGGGCAGACGGGCGCAGGGAAGAGCUACACCAUGAUGGGCAAACAGGAGCCAGGGCAGGAGGGCAUCAUACCACAGCUGUGUGAGGACCUGUUUCAGCGCACAGGAGAGAACACGGACCCUGACCUGACCUACUCUGUGGAGGUGUCCUACAUGGAGAUCUACUGCGAGCGUGUCCGAGAUCUGCUGAACCCAAAGUCCCAGGGGACUCUGCGGGUUAGAGAACAUCCCAUCCUGGGGCCGUAUGUGGAGGACCUGUCCAAACUGGCCGUGACUGGAUUCACCGACAUCCGGGACCUGAUGGACGCCGGCAACAAAGCUCGGACGGUCGCUGCCACAAACAUGAACGAGACGUCGUCCAGGUCACAUGCCGUCUUCACCAUCGUCUUCACCCAAAAACGACGAGACCAGAUGACCAGCCUGGACACUGAGAAGGUCAGUAAGAUCAGUUUGGUCGACCUGGCUGGAAGCGAGCGAGCCGACUCGUCGGGGGCAAAGGGCACCAGGCUUAAGGAAGGAGCCAACAUCAACAAAUCUCUGACCACACUGGGAAAAGUGAUUUCAGCUUUGGCUGAAAUGCAGAGCAGUAAGAAGAGGAAAAGUGAUUUUAUUCCCUACAGAGACUCUGUGCUCACCUGGCUGCUGAAGGAAAACCUGGGGGGAAACUCUCGGACGGCCAUGAUCGCUGCUCUGAGUCCUGCUGACAUCAACUAUGAAGAAACCCUGAGCACUCUGAGGUACGCCGACCGCGCCAAACAGAUCCGUUGUAACGCCGUGAUCAACGAAGAUCCGAACGCCAAACUGAUCCGAGAGCUGAAGGCCGAGGUGGAACGUCUGAGGAACCUGCUGUUCUCCCAGGGUCUGCAGGAGCUGCUGGGUAACACUGUCAACAGCAUCAGUCCAGGUGGGGUUGCAGGUGUUCCCCCCUCCCCGCUGCAGCUGGCUCUCACAGCCAAUGGGAUCACACCUAAGAAUGGCUCCGCCCCUCCAGCUGCAGGUGAGCCGACGUCUGCAGGUGACGUACCUGCUGACCCUGACCCCGACCGCCUGACCGAGGACGGAGAGGAAGGAGAGGAGGCAGUUGCCACGGAGACCAUCAGUAAAGAGGAAGCAGCUGAGAGACUGUUGGAGACAGAGAAGAUCAUCGCUGAGCUUAAUGAGACGUGGGAAGAGAAACUCAGAAAGACCGAAUCCAUUCGUCUGGAGAGAGAGGCCCUGCUGGCAGAAAUGGGCGUGUCCAUUAAAGAGGACGGAGGGACGCUGGGCGUCUUCUCUCCUAAAGGAACGCCUCACCUGGUCAACCUGAAUGAAGACCCUCUGAUGUCAGAGUGUCUCCUCUACUACAUCAAGGAGGGACUCACCAGGGUUGGACAACAGGACGUGGACAUUAAACUGUCCGGGCACUUUAUCAAAGAGAUUCACUGUGUUUUUGUCAGUGAGACCAAUGAUCAGGGGGAAGUGGUCGUCACUCUGGAGCCGUUAGUCGGAGCGGAGACGUACGUCAACGGGAAGCAGAUCACUGAGGCUGUCGUCCUCAAACAAGGUAACCGCAUCGUGAUGGGGAAGAACCACGUGUUUCGGUUCAACCACCCGGAGCAGGCGAGGCUGGAGAGGGAGCGCAGCGCCACGGCCGAGCAGCAGGAGGAGCCGGAGGACUGGAACUACGCUCAGAGAGAGCUGCUGGAGAAACAGGGCAUCGACAUCAAACUGGAGAUGGAGAAGAGGCUGCAGGACAUGGAGACUCAGUACCGCAAAGAGAAGGAGGAAGCUGAUCUGCUGCUGGAGCAGCACAGGCUGUAUGCUGACAGUGACAGCGGUGACGACUCAGACAAACGCUCCUGUGAGGAGAGCUGGAGGCUGAUUUCCUCUCUGAGAGAGAAACUACCUGCCAACAAGGUGCAGUCCAUAGUGAAGCGCUGUGGUCUGCCCAGCAGUGGGAAGAGGAGGGAGCCUCUCAGAGUCUAUCAGAUCCCUCAGAGGAGGAGGAUCAGCAAAGACCCCAAACGGGUCACUAUGGAAGACCUGCGCAUGCAGGCUGUGAAAGAGAUCUGCUACGAGGUGGCUCUGGGAGACUUUCGUCACUCCCGUCAGGAGAUCGAGGCGCUGUCCAUCGUCAAGAUGAAGGAACUCUGCCGCAUGUACGCCAAGAAGGACUCCAACGAGAGGGAGAGCUGGAGGGCCGUGGCCCAGGACGUCUGCGACACCGUGGGCAUCGGAGAGGAGAGGAGCCCCCCCACGGAGGAGGGAGGAGGAGGAGGAGAGACGGGGGAGGGAGGAGAGAAAGGAAAAGUGUACGACCUGAAGGCUCACAUCGAUAAGCUGACGGACAUUUUGGAGGAGGUGAAGUUACAGAACAACAUGAAGGACGAAGAGAUCAAAGCUCUGAGGGACAGAAUGAUCAAGAUGGAGAGCAUCAUACCUGUUCAGGACGACGAUGUGAACGGCGAAGGAGGCGAGUCUCCUCAGAGAGAGGGGGGCGGGGACGGCGACAGCCCUGUCCAGCCGGAGGUCAGAGUCCAGCGGCUGAUGGACGAGGACCCGGCGUUCAGGAGAGGGCGCCUCCGCUGGCUGAAACAAGAACAGCAGCGAAUCCUGAAUCUGCAGCAGCAGAACAUCACCAAGAAACUACGAGGACAGAACCAGAACCAGGGUCAGAACUCCCCCACUGUCCCCGUACACCUCCCAGGAACCGGGCGCUUCAUCCCUCCCCAGGAAUGCAAGCUCAAGUUCCCCUUUAAGAGUAACCCCGCCCACCGGUUGUCAUGGGGACCAGCCAGCGCUGCUUUGCAGGCCCUGGGUCUGGGGGACGGAGGAGACGGGGGAGAGCAGAGGGAGGAGGGGGGAGGAGGAGGAGUGGAGGGUAAAGGUUCUCCCUCACCUCCUCCUCCUCAGGGGCAGUCUCCUGCGCUCUUGCCCCUUCCCCUCCAGGCCCCGCCUCCUCGUAUGCGCACCCCUAGCCCUCAUCGCGCCUGGCAACAGCGUAACCAAGGCAACCAGGGUAACCAGGGUGGCUUUAACUACCAUCUCCAAGGCAACAACCAAAACCACCAGCGCCGCUACCGCCGCAACUCUCUGGACAGCUCCACCCACGGUAACAGUAACUAUGACAACAGCCAGCAUCAUAGUGGCGGUGGUCACCAGGGACGACCAAGGCAGAGGAGGGGGGUGUCCCCAGGCCCAGGGGGGGAGAGAGGAGGAGGGAGAGGAGGAGGAGGAGGGAGAGACAGAGACAGAGAUGGAGGCUUCCAUUAUAACCAACGCCAGCACCAUCAGCACCACCACCAUCCCUACUACAACCCCCACAAUGCACCAUUCCAGCCAGGACCUUACCCCAACUACCACAGUCUGCCACGCUCUGGGGCCCCGCCUCCUCCUGCUGACAUGCUGCUGGGGGCGGGGCCACUGCCAGGGGGGUGGGGCUUCACCACCCCUCCCAGGAUGAGACGGCAGUUCAGUGCACCUGACCUCAAAAACAACAAGGAGACCCCCAUCUGACCUCUGACCUCUGACCUCUUUCCUCUGGAGGUCUCUGAUUGGCUGCAGAACACAGGGUGGUUCUGAUGCUGUAGAGAAUAGGGUGUGUGUGUGUGUGUGUGUGUGUGUGUGUGUGUGUGUGUGUGUUGCAGCACCUUUACCGUACUGAGUCAGCUCGUCACACACCAACUAACGUCGCACACAUCCUGUAUCAUCAGUCCUGCUGUGUGUGUGUGUAUGUGUGUGUGUGUGUGUGUGUGUGUGUGUGUGUGUGUGUGUGUGUGUGGCUUUCUCCUAGCUUUUACGUUAGCCCAGGUUAGCUGUUGCCAUAGCAACACUGUUUUCAGGAAAGUGGAUUAUUUAAUUUUUCGCAGUUUGUCAGUGUCGAAAAAAAUCAAAGUUUAUUACACAAUGAUUUAGAUUUAUUGAUUUUAUUGAUUGCUGAUAUUGAUUUGUGCUGUGGUGUUGAGCAGUCGUUUAUAACAAGGUUAUAUAUAUAUAUGGCUGACAUGUUAGCUCUUGAGGCUAGCUCCUGUUAGCAGGCGUCUGCUGUUAUGUUUUCUCUUUUUCUUUUUUUUUUUUUUACAGAUGACGUGUGUCGGUUUGAUUCCCCGGGUAGGAUGGGUGAUCGUAGGGACUUGAGUUUUAGCUCCUCUGUUUUAACUGCCGUUAGCCCAGGAGGCUAACUAGCUUGAUUUAGGCUAAGAGGUCUGUGUUAGCUAGUCAGUUAGCCUGACCAGGGAGCAAGGGGACUAGUUAGCUUUUCGGGCUAAUAGGUUAAGGCUGAAGCGAAGCCUAGCAAGAGCAGCAUGCAUGUUACAUGGAAGUUAGUUUGUAUGAGUUGAUCAUAAUUAUCACUCAAACUGGGAGCAGUUUUUGUUGAAUGUUCCCAUGAUGCACCACAAGAACUAACCGCUUGAAGGAGCGACUCAUCAGAGCUUGAACACGGUGAGCGCUGUGCAGUGACUGAUCCUGUCACUGUCUCGUGUUUCUGUAAAUUUACCGUCUCUCCCGUGUGACUUGAACGCCGCAUCGCUCAGUGCUAGAAACCAAAGAAAGCUGCUCUGUGGCGCCUCCUGCAGGAGAACUGACACACUGCUGUACUGAGAGGAGGAGGAGCAGAGGAAGAGGAUUGUUUGUAUAUUUGAAGUGUUAUUGUUUUUAUUGAUCUGUUUUCAGAUUGGCUGUGACAUAUGAAACAUGCUCACGGUGAGUUCACUGUCUCUGGCAAUCAUGGGAAAUGUAGAUAAGUGAUACCUUACAUGUGAUGCAUCAUGGGAGAUGCAGGAAUCAUGAAACGUGAUGGAUUAUAGUUUACGUAGGGCUGAGGGAACUCUGGGAAAUGUAGUGAGAGACAGUUGGUGAUAAGAGAAGACAGAAGGACGAGUGAGAUGAAGAAACAUGAAAAGCUUUGAUUUUAAAGUGGCAGAGACACGACACGUUGUGUGUGACGUUUAGUUCCUCCUGUUAGAGUCCGACACAAAGUGUCUCCCUGAGACGCCGGGAGGAAGGAGACUGUCUUUGUCCUGUUUGAGUCGUAUGAAGUUUAAUGCUGUAAGAAAUGAAUCUUUUCAUUAUGGAUUAAUUAAAGAUUUUCAGUGGACAAACAGAGACACCUGGACCCAUUGAUUAUCGAAACGUUCAUCUGAUCAGUUUCUGAUCAGCGUUUUCCAAAGGUCACACGGGGAGUUUUUUUUUCUGUUGCGUUCACUGACCUCUAAAAUACAGGAAGUUGUCACUGACCUGCCACAAAUUUCCAGCUUCCUGCGUCAGGCUGAACGCCGCCGUGGUGCGUUUGACGUCCUUCACUGACGACACGUUUACCGUCAGGAGUCAGCAGCACUGCCUAAAGCCUGCCCACACAGAGCAAGGCAUUGUGGGAGAUGACGAGUGGAGCGUUUUUGUGCUCCGUGACUUUCAGACCUUUCCACAAAGAGGUCAGAACCAACCAAUGGGAGCGCUCCCUCCGGCCGUCAGCCGGUCAGGGAGUCGCCACGAUGAUGAUGACAAAAACAGAACUGAUUGUGAUUGGCCUGAGAAUCAUGACAUCAGCAGGAUGUUCCACCUUGUUUUGCUCUGCUGUCUCUGGUAUUGACCAAUCACAGGACAAUCUUGAUAACCUGCUGCCACCGCUGGGCAUGAUGGGAAACGAUGUUUCUGUUUAAAGUUUUUUCUUUUUCUGUUUUGUUUGUUUCAGUUUCCAGCUUUAGCGUCUGAUUGGCUGUUUUCUUUUUUAUUUCCUUUGUGAAUCCGUUUGCUUCCUGUCCUGAGUAUUUUAACCCCGCCUACAUGUUCGACUUCUGCUCUAUGAUGUCAUCAUGUCAUCAUCACUAUUAUUAAUAUAAUAUAAAGUUCUAAGUGUCAUUAAUAUUGGGUUCUUGUGGAUGCUGCUAAAGGGAUCUUUGCCCUCAUGCAACUGCCUGAGAGUGUGCGCGUGUGUGUCUUUGUGUGUGUGUGCGCGUGUGCGCGCGUGUGUGUGCGUGUCUUUGUGUGUGCGCGUGUGUCUUUGUGUGUGUGUGUGUCUUUGUGUGUGUGUGUGUGUGUGUGUCUUUGUGUGUACGCGUGUGUCUUUGUGUGUGUGUGUGUGUGUGUGUCUUUGUGUGUGUGUGUGUGUGUGUGUGUGUGUGUGUGUGUGUGUUUCCUGGUUCAUUUAGAAUCAUAAUCUAAAGAUAGUUUUACUUUAUAAAUCUGUUUCUCUUCUAAUCGUCUGUUUAAUUUUGUUGUUUUGGAGGUUAGAGGAGGAGGGGGAGGGGCCUGAAGGGGGGGG